CGACAGUGUUCAAGGGCAAAACCAGUCUGUUUAGACAUGGCAUCAGAAUUGCCAAAUUGUUUGAGUUCUUCGACCGGUAUAGAUGCACUUGACGAAUUAGAUGCCACUGAAAUCGACGAAUCCCUUCUGAGAGACUUACUAGAAGAACUAGAGGAGGAUGAAGAAGUCAAAAAUGACCAAAACAGUUGUAGUACUUGUGCAGUUCAACCUACAGAAGCUACCGCUAUGGAAACCGUGCAUCCGGGGAUGCUCGGUUGCGAUGAGUUCUCGGAGCAAAUAACCAGGUCCCACGUGCACGACUCUUUGUGGCUCGAUAUCAUGGAAAUGGAUCCACCAUCACCAAUGAUAAUGAAUGAGAUGAUGACGACGAUGUGGUAUGGAGAGUCAUGUGUGGAGGAGGGGAUAGGUGGAGGAAUGGUUGAUUUUGGGGGGAAUGGAUCAGAGGAGUCUCAUCUCUAUCAUCAUGGAGCUUUAUCCAUCGAUGAUUAUGAAACUCCUUAUGGCUUCUCGUGGCAGCAUGACAACUUCCCUACAGCCAAAUCACUAUAUGGUCCUGACUGCGCAACUCAAACCUCCAGAGAAGUUAGUGCGGCCAUGACCUCCACAUGCAUACUGUUGGGUACUCAUCUGAUGAAAAAUUAAACUCUAGACUUUGAUGAGUACUUCCAAAGCCUGAAUAUCUACCCGGGGCAACCCAGGUGUGUGCUCAUUGAUGAUGUUGGACUAAAAACAAAAUGAUUUCCUGCUUAAUAAAUUAUGAAAAGUCUAAAGAUACGAGUAUGACUUAUUUACGAAGCCGCUGUAAAAAUAUAAUUUACGAAGUUGCUUGAUCUCAGCUGUCCAUUUUGGCAUUGGACUGGACCGAUUUUAAUGAAACUUUUUCCAAAGAAAGUUUAAUUUUUUUUCGGAAAAGUUUCAUUAAAAUCCGGACCAUCAAAUAUACUUUGGACGGCUACAAUUCACCCCCGUAAACUACUAUUCACGGAAAGCUCCGUAAAUUAGUUUUCUCCUAAAGAUACACAUUUGCACCUCACUUGCACUCCCUGCGGGUCCCCUAGUUCAUGUAAGUAUGCAUGUAUGUAAGAGUGUAUGUAAAGUGUAUCUGUUGCUAGCAUGUUGAAUAGUAAUUUAUACUAU